AUGUCUCCCACAUUGACUAUCACAGACAUUCAUUCCAAGAAGCGGAACGAAGCCCUGGAGAUUCUUGCCCAGAUUUCACGCGUCGAGAAGAAGACCUUUCCCACCAAUGAGGCCUUUGGCUUCGGUGAGGACUUGUGGAGAAAAAAGCCCAACACGCGGGUUCUCUACGCGACCCAAACCGAGGGGGCGCGAUCGGAUCUGAUCGCCUACGCCGUCUAUGUGCGCCAGAAGGGAGUCGCCCUCCUGCACAAAGUCUGUGUAUCCCCGAGUCAUCGCCGUCAAGGUGUCGGGCAGCAGCUCAUGUCCUACAUUCAGCAGCGCCUGCGAAAGGAGGGCUGCCAGUCCAUCCAACUAUGGGUGGACCAGGCCAGGGAGCCUGCUCGAGCCCUGUAUCUCCGAUGUGGAUUCGAGGAGCGAGAGCAGAUCCCUGAUUACUAUGCCCCUGGCCGCACUGGCAUUAGAAUGGUGCUGGAUUUGGAACGUGAUGGUUGA